AUGUUUCAGCAGAUAAUUAAACAGACAUUCAAAUCGUUAUUUCUCACAUUGCUUGCUUAUAAAAAUUUGGUUCCUGUUUCAAUUGAUGAUUUUCACAUACCCACACACAGACAUGCAAACCAGGACACCUAUGUCCAAAGCAAACCCAAAUUUUUCUUUUUUGUAAAUACAUAUUUAAGUAUUCAUACAUGUGUAACUAAAAAGAUCAACGAUAAAUCUAGAAUCCCUUCUUACUUAAUCCCCAAUGCCCUUUGUUUGCUUUACUUUAUGCGUCUGGGGUUUAAAUUUUCAUCAACAAUCAAAACUUGGGGAAUUUUAACCACAAAAUUAACUAAGCAAAAACAAUAUUUUUAUUUUUUUUUUUUUUUCUGCUUUUUAGUUCUACUUACGUUUCUUAGAAGAAAGCUUAAUAAUAAUAAUAUUCUAAUCAUCAUCAUAAACUAA